AACAAUUCGGAAUACCAGGAAUCUCAGAUCCCAGACGGAACAUAGACCAUUGGAAUGAAUGAUGAACCUAUAAACUGUGUGAAAUGUGUUACAUAGAAACAACAUGUGAUUCGGUUUGUUAUGGACUUUGUAUCCUCUAGGCUUGUUUGAAGAGAGUUAAUAAUUCACCAGACUCUCACAAAGAAAUUUAGGGAAAAAAUCCCCUGUAGCUUUGUUGCCUAUUUCUUGGGAAGUAAGAAUUGUCUGGAUGCAAUCUUCUAGCCCAGUGCCAGUGGAUUUUAUUUGAUCUUAGCACCCACUAUACUUUAUUUUAUUUUAUUAGCCUCUAUCCUGUAGGCUUAGACAAUCAGCAAUCCUUGAGAGCUGAAGCUGAAUAUGAUAAACCUGCAUACGUGACAGUAAAGAUUAAGCCGCUGGGAUUGUUUCAUCACUAUGUCUGGAGGUGUAAACAUGGAUGAAGACAGCAGAGUACCUGAGGACCUCUCUGUGGAGGAGAGAGACGAGCUGUCAAACAUACGACGCAGGAAGAAGGAGCUCCUGGAUGACAUUGAGCGGUUAAAGUUAGAGAUCUCUGAAGUGAUGACUGAGAUUGAGCAGUUAACAUGUGUUGGAGAAAGCAAAACGACACAGAGAAACAAACAGAUUGCAGUUGGGAGGAAGAAAUUCAACAUGGAUCCCAAAAAGGGCAUCCAGUUUCUGCUGGAAAAUGACCUUUUGCAACAUACGCCAGAGGACAUUGCACAGUUCCUGUACAAAGGGGAAGGCCUCAACAAAACGGUCAUCGGAGAUUAUCUUGGCGAAAGGGAUGACUUCAACAUCAAGGUUCUGCAGGCCUUCGUGGAGCUCCACGAGUUUGCAGAUCUGAACCUGGUGCAGGCUUUGAGGCAAUUUCUGUGGAGCUUCAGGCUACCCGGCGAAGCCCAGAAGAUUGACCGGAUGAUGGAGGCGUUUGCAUCCCGGUACUGCCAGUGCAACCCAGGGGUCUUCCAGUCAACAGACACCUGCUACGUGCUCUCCUUCGCCAUCAUCAUGCUGAACACCAGCCUGCACAACCCCAACGUGAGGGACAAGCCGCCAGUGGAGAGGUUCAUCUCCAUGAACCGAGGGAUCAACGAGGGAGGAGACCUGCCCGAGGAGCUGCUCAGGAAUUUAUAUGAAAGCAUAAAAAACGAGCCCUUCAAAAUUCCCGAGGACGAUGGCAACGACCUGACGCAUACAUUCUUCAACCCGGACCGAGAAGGCUGGCUUCUAAAGCUGGGAGGGCGAGUGAAGACGUGGAAGAGGAGGUGGUUCAUCCUGACCGACAACUGCCUGUAUUACUUUGAGUACACCACUGACAAGGAGCCCCGAGGGAUUAUUCCUCUGGAGAACCUCAGCAUCAGGGAGGUCGACGAACCCAGGAAACCGAAUUGCUUUGAGCUCUACAACCCCAACCAUAAGGGCCAGGUGAUCAAGGCCUGCAAGACUGAAGCUGACGGGAGGGUUGUGGAGGGAAACCAUGUCGUCUACAGGAUAUCAGCCCCAACCACUGAAGAGAAGGAGGAGUGGAUUAAAUCCAUCAAAGCAAGCAUCAGCAGGGACCCCUUCUACGACAUGCUGGCCAGCAGGAAACGACGGGUGGCCAACAAGAAGUGAGACUGACCGGAGGGCCAGCGUUCCUGCGGGUCAGAGAGAACGACCAGUCCACUCACUCUCUCCGUUGGGGGUGGUUGAGUCAGGCCACUUCGCAGAGGCUAGGGGUGGGGGGUGGGUGGGCGAGAGCCAGCGGAGUUCAAGGGGAUCAGCAUGGGACGAUAGACUAGACAAUCAAGCGUGGAGAUGUCCGUUGAUGUAUUCAUCAGAGCUGUGUUGUGGGGUUUGUCAUGUUGGAAUAAUGCUCUGCUAUUAUGUAUGGAGAAACCUCCAGCUUAGAGAAGACAUCAGUGCAUGGCAAUUACACACUGUGAUUUCAGUGAGCCAAACUGCAAUGAGUUUAGUGUUUUGUGUAUGGGAGUGUGCCAGUGUUGGUGUGCUCCCAGUUGAACCUGAACAUGAAGGUAGCAGUUAAGAUGCAGUACUCAGGGCACUAUUGGGGCACUUGCAACCAGGAUGCCCCCUACUGGCCCUCUGUUGUAAAAACACCAUCAUAAUAUCUCAUGCUACCUUAGGUUCUACUGUAUGUUAAGCAGUAGCAAAAGAGAUUGUUUUUGUUUGGUUUAAAUCUUUAUUUUGAAAGACUUACCCAAAUUGCUACAUUAUCUCCUUCUUAAGUAGUACUCAAGGUUUAUUGUGUCCAUUUCAUGUUCAUUCCUGUCCUUUACUGAGGUAAAGGUGUGAUAAAAAAAAUCUCAAAGUGUGUCCAACUGAAUCAGCUGGUCUGAUAGCUGGGAUGCUGUUAAAUAUAAGCUUUUUAGUAUAAGUCAUAUCUGUUUUGUUUCAAGUUGUAAAAUUACCAUAGUGAAUGAAUGCUCCAGUGUUCUUUUUUGUGUAGAGCUCCUCAGUUACUUGUGUAUUGAUCUACCAUGACAUGUUUUCCUAAGAACCUGUAUUUAUUUGACAUCAUUAAAAGUUGUAAGUUAUGUGUA